AUGGACUCUCCAGGGGGCAACGCCGCUCGCCAGCAGCGAGCCGAUUCGACCGGCUCGACCGGUUCCAGUGGCUCCAUGGGCCGUCGUCAGAAGCGCUCCAACGAUCCCGAGCAAGUAGCCCGCCGGGCCAGCAUGCACGACCAAAAGCCGGCGCCGGGCAUGAUUGGCAAGUGGUGGAGCAGCUAUGUUCACGGAACGGGGCAGAAGUAA